CCACAGAUAAAACAAAACCAGCUUAUCCAUCUCCUUGUCUGCAUGAUGAUGCAAUUUCUCAGACAAUUUUCAUCCAAAAUUCCCAUCCAAAUUCUUUCGUAAUUUUUUUUUCUUUUUUAUUCUUUUAGGUUUUUUCCUCUCCAGUAGUCUCGUACCAAAGACAAUUUGUUCCCCCUGUUCUGCAAAAAAAAAAAAUACUGAUUCUUAGAGUUUUAGUUUUUUCUCAAAGAAAAUUUGAAUUUUUUGAAGAAGGCUUUGAGGAUUUGGAUUUUCAAAUUUGACCCUUGUUUCAUAUUCUCGAUGAAUCCCUUUUACAAAACUUUUCAUUGGUGCAAUUGUUUUGUUGUUUGACAAAUGCAAUGACUCUUCAGGGGAUGUCGUGAUAUAUCUUUCAGACAAAAAUCUGUUUGAAUGUCUCUGUCGUGUUCUCAUUGCCUCGGCUCUAGUUCGAAAAUGUCUGUCGGUCAAGAAAAUGUCUAUCCUGUCGAAGUUUCUGGGUCUCGUGCUUGCUUGUAUGACCUUUUAUGUUCAGAUACACCAAGAUGGACUCUUCAAAUGGAUUUGCAGACAUCUUCUUCUUCUGAUCCUCGAGAUCGGUUGGAGAAGUUGCUGAAGCAACCUGGAAACAAAUAUUGUGCUGACUGUGGAUCUCCUGAACCAAAAUGGGUAUCUUUGAGUCUUGGUGUAUUCAUCUGUAUAAAGUGUUCUGGUGUACACAGAAGCCUUGGAGUUCAUAUAUCAAAGGUUUUAUCAGUUAAGCUGGAUGAGUGGACAGAUGAUCAAGUUGAUAUGCUCGUAGGGUACGGUGGAAACACUGCAGUGAACCAGAGAUUCGAAGCUUGCAACAUCGACCAGUUAAAAAAACCCAAACCAAAUUCCAUUAAUGAGGAACGCAAUGAUUUCAUCAGGAAGAAAUAUGAGCUGCACCAGUUUAUGGAUCCAAAAGACAGUGCUUUGUUUCCUCAUCAGCAGCCUAGCAGAGUAAAUAAUCCAUCACCGUCUUUAUGUUCUAAUAGCCACCGUUCUGCGAAAAACCGUAUUGGUCAUGCUCUUAGGAACAGCUGGGGAAGAAGAGAAUCUGAUCACAAAGGCACAAAGAAGAGCAACUCUCUGGCAGGUAUGGUUGAGUUUGUCGGAUUGAUUAAGGUUAAUGUGGUUAAAGGAACAAACCUUGCGGUUCGAGAUGUGAUGACCAGUGAUCCUUAUGUCAUCCUUUCUCUUGGCCAACAAUCGGUGAAAACAAGGGUCAUAAAGAACAGCUUGAAUCCUGUGUGGAAUGAGACAUUGAUGCUUUCGAUACCUGAGCAGGUGCCUCCUCUCAAAGUGCUAGUUUACGACAAGGAUAAGUUCACGACAGAUGAUUUCAUGGGAGAGGCAGAGAUAGACAUAGAACCAUUGGUGAGUGCAGCAAUAGAGUACGAGACAUCAACCAUAAAAGAAACGAGGCGGCUGGGGAGUUGGCUGGCGUCCAAAGAGGAUGAAUCGGUGAGUGAUGGAAUAGUAUCAAACGAAGAAGUGAAAGUGAAACAAGACAUUUCACUAAGGCUUCAAAAAGUGGAGAGAGGGGUUCUUGAGAUCCAGAUUGAAUGUCUUCCACUAACUCAAUGAUAAACACUUUCCUUUUCUCCCUCUUCUUUUUGAUGUUGUUUAUAUUGACAGUGAAGAGAUGCUACUUUCUUCUUGAACCACCUCAAAACCUAUGUACAAAAACUCAUUAUUUGAUUGAUGAUUAAUCAAUUCUUCAAAACC